UGCAGACAUUAUAUGUGUACACGUAUUAUACGGCUGCAUGGGCUGGACCCAAGAGUCAAUGGGAACUAGCUAUGCUAACUUGGAAUUAUAGCUAAUGUUUUCGGAUAAAGUGUUGGAAACAAGUAUUUUUCUCAUAAUAGAAGGACUAUACUUUCGUGCAUGGGAAGUAGGCGACGUUUGCUGCGGUUGGUCAAAAACGCUUCAAGGUGGCGACAGACAAAGUUGCUGGUAAGCUGAGUUCUACUCUCUCAUGGGUGAAGAACUCGGUGUCCCACACGGUCAGUCAGAUGGCUAGCCAGGUGGCCACGCCCACGUCCCUGCAGACCACUGCCACCUCCUCUUCUACGUCUCUGUCCUCACCUGCCCUCUCACCGUCCUCGCCGGCGCAGCUCAGUCCUGAUGAUGUGGAGCUGCUUGCCAAGCUGGAGGAACAAAACAGGCUGCUGGAGACAGACUGCAAGUCUCUGCGCUCCAUGAACGGUUCCCGGCGAAACAGUGGCUCCUCCCUGGUGUCCAGCUCCUCCGCCUCCUCCAACCUCUCCCACCUGGAGGAGGACUCUUGGAUCCUGUGGGGGCGAAUCGUCAACGAGUGGGAGGAUGUGCGCAAGAAAAAGGAGAAGCAGCUUAAGGACCUUGUCAGAAAAGGGAUUCCUCACCACUUCCGGGCAAUAGUGUGGCAGCUGUUGUGCAAUGCCCAAAACAUGCCCAUCAAGGAUCAGUACUCAGAACUCCUGAAGAUGACGUCUCCCUGCGAGAAGCUGAUUCGCAGAGACAUCGCCCGCACUUAUCCCGAACACGAAUUCUUCAAGGAGAAAGACAGCUUGGGCCAGGAGGUGCUCUUCAAUGUCAUGAAGGCAUAUUCUCUGGUUGACCGAGAGGUUGGCUAUUGUCAAGGCAGUGCUUUCAUUGUGGGACUGCUACUCAUGCAGAUGCCAGAAGAGGAGGCUUUCUGUGUGUUCGUGAAGUUGAUGCAAGACUACAGAUUACGGGAGCUCUUCAAACCCAGUAUGGCAGAGCUGGGCCUCUGCAUGUACCAGUUUGAGUGUAUGAUCCAGGAGCAACUCCCGGAGCUGCAUAUGCAUUUCCAGGCUCAGAGCUUUCACACUUCGAUGUAUGCCUCCUCGUGGUUCCUCACCAUCUUCCUCACCUCCUUCCCUCUGCCAGUCGCCACGAGGAUCUUUGACAUCUUCAUGUGUGAGGGCCUGGAGAUAGUUUUCCGUGUGGGACUGGCCAUCCUUCAGAUGAACCAGACUGAACUCAUCCAACUUGACAUGGAGGGAAUGUUACAGCACUUUCAGAGGAUCAUCCCACACCAGCUGGACAGUGGACCCGAUAAGGUCAUCCAGGCUGCUUAUCAAGUUAAAUACAACGCCAAGAAGAUGAAAAAGUUAGAGAAAGAUUACACUACAAUCAAAACUAAAGAGAUGGAGGAGCAGGUGGAGAUUAAGAGGUUGCGGACAGAGAACCGGCUCCUGAAGCAGAGGAUAGACACAUUAGAAAAAGAAAGUGCUUCCUUGGCAGAUAGAUUGAUCCAGGGACAAGUGACUCGAGCUCAGGAGGCAGAGGAGAACUACCUGGUCAAGCGGGAGCUGGCCACAGUCAAACAGCAGAGCGAAGAGGCCAGUGCUCAGCUGGAGCAGGCCAAGACAACCAUCAGGCAGCUCCAGCAGCAGCAGCAGCCGCAAGCGAAGGGAGCCCCUCGGUACUCUGAGGACUCCGUCCUGCAGCUGGAGAGAGAGCUGGUGCAGGCCCGGCUGAAGGAGGCCGAGUCUCAGUGCGCGCUCAAGGAGAUGCAAGACAAGAUCCUGGAUAUUGAAAAGAGAAACACAUCGCUACCAGAUGACACCAAUGUGGCACGUCUUCAAGAGGAGCUUAUCGGGGUGAAGCUGAGGGAGGCUGAGGCUCUGACCGGCCUCAAAGAGCUGAGACAGCAAGUCAGAGACCUGGAGGAACACUGGCAGCGUCACUUGGCUCGUACCGCCGGUCGCUGGAAGGACAGCCCCAGAAAGAACGCCUUAAGUGAGCUGCAGGACGAGCUGAUGAGUGUGAGGCUGCGCGAGGCCGAGGCCCAGGCAGAGCUGAGAGAGACGCGGCAAAGGAUGCUAGAGCUGGAGACACAGAAUCAAAUUCACAGUAACCAGCUGCGGCGGGCGGAGCAGGAGAGUCGCGGUCUCCAGGAGUGCGUGCAAACACUGACGGUGCAAAAUAAAGAUCUGCAUUCGCAACUGCAAGAGAUCAAGCGGAGACAAGCUGAGAUUGAGUGCAAGAGUAAGGAAGAGGUGAUGGCAGUGAGGCUGCGGGAAGCCGACAACAUUGCUGCAAUGGCUGAACUCCAGCAACAGAUCUCAGAGCUUGAGAUUCAGAAAGAAGAGGGAAAGGUCCAAGGCCAGCUGAACCACACAGACUCGAGUCAGUACAUUCGCGACCUCAAAGACCAGAUCGCAGAGCUGAAACACGAGGUUCGCUGCUUAAAAGGACAGAGGGGCUCGGCCAGCCAGCCCACCUUUGACGGGAUCCACAUCGUCAACCACUACGUGGGGGGCGAUGACGGGUCUUACCAGUCUUCAGAUGAAGACGGAGUCAAGAGCUCCGCCCUCCAGGACGCCCAGCAGAGGAGCGGGGGCCGCGUCAGGCUGAGGCCAAACCUGGUGGACACCGACAGCGAAGACGAGGACGACGACGAGGCCCUGCGGCUCUCCGUCCCUCAGAGCGCCAACCACAAGUCCACUACAGUGUGACCAGCACGGAGGAGGAGGAGGAGGAGGAGGAAGGUGUUCCCAGCAGCCAUUUCAGAGGAGAAGUCUGGAUCUGGAGUUCUCAGACAGGAAGUGCAUCAUCAUUUCAUAUCACACUUAUGGAUUUAGUUUAUGUCGUUUACCUCCCUUUCGUAGUUUUUGUUUUCUUCCUGAGGGCAGCAAAGCAGAGCAUCAGUGUGGAGUGUAUCAAACUCUACUGGGCCACUAUGGGGAGGACGGAUGGAGGGACGGAGGAUGGAGGGAUGGAGGGAUGGAGGAAGGCCCCCUCCUCCUCCUCCUCCUCCUCCUCCUCCUGCAGGUACCACACAGAGAAAGAGACUGUGCAAUAAAACCUUUUAUGCUACAUUACACACUUCAUCCAGUGUGUUUUUAUACUUUUAAAACAUUUUAUAAAUGAACAUCAAACAUGUAUUGAUGCCGUUACUACUAAGUGUCCAUCAUGCAGAGGCAGGACUGUAUACUGUACGUGCUGUGUGUGUGUGUGUAUAUAUAUAUCUAUUGUACUGAUGAGCUCGCUCAGCGCUGGCUGGCUGGAUGGAGGUGAUGUCGACUCUUUGGCCUUAGCACAUGCCACACGCCUUUCACCACGAGGUCAAUGUGACAUCUGCAUACCUGUAGAUAUGUAAAUGUGUAUUAUGUUUUUGUUUUUUUUUCCAAUUCCUUUCGAACUUGAAAAUAUGUAUCUAUUGCAUAUCCGAUGUUUAGAAUAUAUUGUUAAAUUCAGUAAAUAAAAAAAAGGGACUUAUGAGUUAGUUAAAGACGGUAACACAAGUGACAAAUCAUGUUGAGGUGAAUUACUGUUAAGAGAAAAAGCAAAAAAAGCGUCAUUAGAAGCUGUUUCUUCAGAGUGGUUCACUAUUAGUGCAGAAACAGGUUUAUUUUCUAACUACUGUCGCACUGACUUCUCUGAAAGCAUCCAGACUUUACUUUCAAAAUGAGCCCUCGCAGUAAGUGGAUUCAGCUCUGAGAAGAUUUGCUGAUGAGUCAAACAUGAGUAAUGGUCUAUCAAAAGGUUUUGUGUAUCACAAAUUUGCACAGAAAUGGAUGACGGUCCUAUAGAGAGCGUAACCUGGGAGACAACACAACACAAACGGGGCCGUAAGGUGUUACCAAAGCAAGCACUAUAUUCUGCAUCGUGCUCAUCCACGGGCCAGUUCCACUCCAUUUCACGCGCAAGGAACCCAGAUGUGUAAGAAUUUCUCUGAAUGUCUGUAUUGAACACUAACUCCUGAUGUGGAAGCGAACGCAGCCGUCUGUGCUGUCUGUCACGUCCAGGAAACCGAAGAAAAAAAGAAAAAAAAGGUUCUGACUUUGAGUUGAUGUCCCUUUGAUGAACGACGGGGACAGGAACACGUUAUGGCACUUUUUGAGUCUGCAGUGCAGUAAAAGGACACACAAGGCAACACUAUGGAGCAGUCGGCACACUCUGGAGACUAAAUGAGAUUGUUGUGUGUGUGUGUGUGUGUGAUGAGUUCACAAUAAAACGUUUGAUA